AUGCUGAAGUCAUCGAAGAAGAAGGAGGGCAAGGAGAAGCCGGAACAAGGCACCUCGGCUGAGGGCGACAAAGGCAAGAAAGGCGAUGACGGCAAAGACGGCAGCAAGCGUCCGGUCAUCCCAUCGAUUCGAACCGAAGACUGCUCUAGCUCUUCGGGCGCUGAUGCUGGCCCGCCGGUAACUGCUCUGAAGCGCACUUCUUAUGGGGGAGGGCCCACGCUGCCGCGUCGGGAUCGGCGGCAAUCGAGCAGCUUGUUCGCCAUCUCGCAGAAUCGGGAGAUCCAGUCGUUGCCGGACAUCAACACGGCUGCCCCCGCUGAUGCCGAGCCUCUCUUCAUCCAAAAGCUGCGCCAAUGUUCCGUGGUUUUCGACUUCACCGACCCCUUGUCGGAUAUCAAAUUCAAGGAGGUGAAACGUGGCGCUCUGAACGAGUUGAUCGGCUACAUCACGACGAAGCGCCAAGUUAUCACUGAAAGUAUCUACCCAGAAGCCGUCAACAUGUUCUUCGUCAACAUCUUUCGCUCACUGCCGCCGCCGACCAACCCGAUCGGCGCCGAAUACGAUCCGGAUGAGGAUGAGCCGAAUCUGGAGGCGGCCUGGCCGCAUCUCCAGCUCGUUUACGAGUUCUUCCUUCGGUUCCUCGAAUCGCCCGACUUUGUUCCGGCGUUCGGAAAGAAGUACAUCGACCAGAAGUUCCUCGUCAAGCUCCUUGCGAUCAUGGAUUCCGAAGACCCUCGCGAACGCGACUUCUUGAAGACUACUUUGCACCGAAUUUACGGCAAAUUCUUGAACCACCGUGCUUUCAUCCGCAAGACUAUCAACAACAUAUUUUACUCGUUCAUCUAUGAGACGGAGCGGCACAACGGAAUCGCCGAGUUGCUCGAGAUCUUGGGUUCUAUCAUCAACGGUUUCGCGGUCCCAUUGAAGGAAGAGCACAAGCUUUUCCUGCUUCGCGUCCUGCUCCCGUUGCACAAGACAAAGGCCAUGAACGUCUACCACCCGCAGCUUGCCUACUGCGUUGUUCAAUUCCUCGAAAAGGAUCCCGCGCUGACCGAGCCCGUCGUCCAUGGUUUGCUUCGGUUCUGGCCCAAGGUCCGCAGUCCGAAAGAGAUUCUCUUUUUGACUGAAGUCGAAGAGAUUCUCGAGAUCAUCGACCCGGACCAGUUCAAGAAGGUGAUGCGUCCGCUUUUCACCCGUCGCAGGACAAUCCACGGGCUUAUCUACAAUGCGCUGAAAUCUUUGAUGGAGGGCAACCAACGUCUUUUCGACGAGUGCACGAAGAACUACGCCAAGCUUCGAGCCCAAGAGCGAGAAGCUCGUGUCAGGACCGACGAAAAAUGGCAGCUCAUCGAGAAGGCGGCUCGUGGGAACCCUGUGUGGCAAGAGGUCACGGACACCUUCCCCGACGAGCUUCGCGCCCAGUUCGAGCAGCUCGCCUUGGACGAGGAGCCGGAGCAGCGGUCACAGCCCGUUGACCCCAGUGUCGACUUGUCGCAGGAGACGUCGGCCGAGAAGGACAGCAGUUUUUAUCAGAAGAAGAGCGAGGUCCCGCCGGAUGUUUUGACGGAGCGAGCCCUCGACGAGCAUCAGCGCCACGAUCCGUACCUCCGGCCGGUUGACAAUGAAGAG